AUGCUGCUCUCACACGGCGCCGACGCCAACGCCGCGGACUCGCAAGGACAGACCUCCCUGCACCACGCGGUUUGCUCUGGCAGGCUGGACACCAUGCGCCUGCUAAUGGAGGCCGAUGCAGAUCCAAACGUCGCUGAGAUGAAGAGCGGGGAGACGCCGCUGAUGAUAGCGCCGUGGCAGGGCGAUAAGGCGGUGGUGCAGAUGCUGCUCUCACACGGCGCCGACGCCAACGCCGCGGACUCGUUCGGUGAGACCUCCCUGCUCAUCGCGGCUUGCUACUCUGACUGGCUGGACAUCGUGCGCAUGCUACUGGAGGCCGGCGCAGACCCCAACGUCGCCGCGACGAAAAAAGGGAGGAGUUUUACCGCGUUGCACUACUCCUGUGAUCGACUUCAUAUCGAGAUGAGUACUCACCUCUUGAAACACGGAGCUGACCCGAACCUCGUCGAUUGUAAAAAGAGGGCGCCGCUCACUAUAAUAGGCAGCCAGGUGAAAAGACCCAGAAUGAGUGAGCGAGCAGCACAAGCGGCAUCAGUGGUACAAGCGGCGUCAGCUCUCCUACAGACGUGCGAGUCCACCGGCGUACUUCUACAAGUUAACACGCGCGACAGCAAGGGCGACACCCCGCUGCACAGUUUCUGUAGGAUGAUUCUCGCAUGCAAAGACAAUGUUUACGCGCGACAGAGGGAGGGGUGCGUGCUGAUAGUGCACGCGCUGCUGUUCAACCACGGUGCACACGUCGACGUGGUGAACGCACGGGGAAAGACGCCGUACGAACUCUGGCGCCAAAUUUAUCCGACGUGUUUCCGCGGCAACGUGGAGUCGAGCGACGAGAUACAUGGCAGAAUGAGCGCGCAGUAUCAUUCGCUGAAGUGCCACUGCGCGCGCUUUAUCGUCAGACACAACGUUGCAUACGAGAACAGGCUGCCUCUGAGUCUCAUAGAAUUUGUCAAGGCACACGCUAGACCAACGUAG